AUGCCGCUUUCUGCACGACCCUUGUCGCAAGAAUCGGUCGCUGUGCAGAGCGUUUAUCCGCGGGGGUCAAAAGGGGGUCAAAUGAAGGGAGCGAAGUGCAGAAAGCUGCACAGCCCGAGCGAUCGACUUGUUUGGCUGAAGCAGAAAAUGGUGGAGCCGGAAGCACCUUCGCUGUUGACGCAGCUCUUGGGAUCGGAGAUCUUCAACGAGAACAGCUGCAUCUUGCAAUGCUUUAAGUACAUUGUGGAUGAAGGAUUGAUUCCGGUGCCGGAUUCAAUGAAAAUGGAAAAGAAAAUGAAGGAAGAAAAAAGCGCGGCAAACGAAGAAGCGAAGAAAAAAGCAUUGGAAGAGGAAGAGAGUUCGGAAGAAUCGGAGUCACAGAAGAGUAGCUCUUCCGGUUCCAGUUCCGAUUCGAGUGAUAGCAGCUCAUCAGAUUCGAGCUCUGAUUCGGAUUCUGAUGAUCGUAGUUCUUCCGAGUCGAGUUCGGAUUCGAGUGAUACCAGUUCUUCUGGUUCUGAUUCGGAGGAUAGCAAUUCUGUAGAAGCGAAUUCGAAAAGCGAAUUGGCAGAAUCUGUUAGUGGGAAAGUAAACUCGAUGGAAGAUACGCAAGAAGCACCUCUGGAGAAUCCAGAUCAAAUCUUUUGUGUGGCGUUUAAAAUGGAUAAUAACUAA